UGCUAGCAUUGGUAUUUUGGAAAAAUGGGGGGAGCAGCUGCGCAGGCUAUGCCUUGCGUUUUGGCUUUUAAACCUGUAUUCUUCUCAGUUCGUCGGCGUCCUCCUCUUAGAACCCCACUCUCGUACGAUGCAAAUGCAGAGUCUGACUCUAUCUCUCUCUCAUACAGCAAUAGCUCCUUUUUGGGCCAGGCCCAGCCCCUGCAAUUGCACGAAAGUGGCAGCACUAGCUUUGGAACGGUUUUUCGUUAUCCCACCAUUACUGCUGCUAUCAAAAGAUUUAAUGAUAAGUCACUGGACGGCGUAAUACAGAAUCAGAAGAGGCUUAAAUUGGUCACCAAACUCCAGCAAAUCCUCCUCAAACAGCCAGACCAAAAGAUUUCUUUGAGAGAGCUGGCAAAGUAUAGAAAAUCUCUUGGCCUUGAGGGUCGAAGAAGAGUGAUGCCCAUUCUCAGAAAAUACCCUGCCUGUUUUCAAAUUUACAAAGAUGAAACUUUCUCAAUGUGUUGCAGAUUGACCCCGCAGGCAUACCACCUACAUUUGGAAGAAUUGCAGAUCAAAAUCGAAAUAGAACACCACCUCGUUCAAAAUCUUAGAAAGCUUCUCAUGAUGUCUGCAUCCAAGAGGGUAUUGCUAGGAAAAAUUGGCUACAUAUCUGUUGACAUGGGUCUUCCGAUGGAUUUUGGAAGCAAUCUGUGCAGAAGGUAUCCUCAGUUUUUAAGAGUGAUUGAAACAGAUCAUGGUCGUGCUUUGGAGUUAAUUUCAUGGGACCUUAGUCUUGCAGUAUCUGCUGCAGAGAAGAAGGCGGAGGAACAAGUUACCAAUGCUCACCGUGAUCUCAUCCUUGACCGGCCUCGGAAAUUCAGGAAGAUAGAUCUUCCUAGGGGAUACAAUUUGUCCCGGAAUAACAGGGACUUUAUACUUCAAUUCCAGGAAAUGCCAUUCAUUUCUCCUUAUUCUGAUCCCAAUACUUUCGAGCCUUCUUCAAUGGAAGCAGAAAAACAUGCCUGUGCUGUGGUUCAUGAGCUGCUGAGCCUAACCGUGGAGAAAAAAUUGCUUCUUGACCAUCUUAGCCUCUUCAAGUAUGACUUCAAGUUUUCUUGCAAGCUGAGGGCAAUGCUUUUGCGCCAUCCUGAGCUUUUCUAUGUGUCGUUCAAGGGGCAUAGAGAUUCUGUGUUCCUCAGAGAGGCUUACAUGGGCUCCGAAUUGCUGGACAAGGGUCCCCCUUUACUGGUUCAGGAAAAAUUCCAUGCAUUGAUGUUGAAAGGCAGUAGGCAGGCAGCUAAGAUGUUGCAGUUUUCAAAUGAAGUAGAUGGGAAUGGUGAAUCCUCCUUGGAUGAAAAGGUUAGGAAUUUUGAAUCAGAUGUUGAAGAUGAGAGUGGCUAUGAUCAAUUUGAACAGGGUGGCAAUGAAUGGAGUCAUUCUCAGGAGGAAGGAAACGAAGGGGUAAGGCUUGAACCCAAACCAGAGUUUCCAGGGGUGGUGAAAUUGUUUGAAGCCUCCACAGAGAAAGACCUCGCAAUAGAGUGUUGGUGAUUUACCAAAUUGAUUGUUUGCAUCAAAUUUCAGGCAUCAAAUGGAGAUCUCAUCAAGGAAAAUCAAGCCGGAUCAAGGACGGUCUUCGCGGGGACGACCUUCUUUGGACUAACGUCAUCAAGGGCAACCUCUUUCAAUCCAGCAUUCCAAGGCGAGGUACAUCAUCGUCUUGCACAUCAAGGACAAAAGGAGUUAGAACAAGAGUUAAUUAAAGAUAGCCUCUCAACGACAUCAAAUUGAAUAUCUAGCAAGCUACAAGUGUCAGAUGAGGUGGCAUCCCAGUCAUCACUCCUCCAGUCAGUGUGGUCCACCUCAGCAUGUCCAGAUUCAAUGUACUUAACUCAUGGAAGGUGACACAAACUCCGAUGUACCUACCCCGGCUAUCCAUUGGUCGAUUUUUCUAGAGAGGACAUGUGUCCAAGCAAUACAAUUUUAUCAUUGGUCAAGCAUUAAAUGUUAUGUAAUGGUUGUAACAAACCCUAAUUAGGGUUUUCAUUGUAAAAUCUUGGCCAUUGAUCUUGAAUUGAUCUAAGCCAUCAAAUUGUAUUGUGGGCACUAUAUAAGCCCAGGCAUUUCAUUUGUAAAGGCUAAUUAGCAAUAAAUUAGCAAUUGUUAGAGAUAGUAUGUAAAUAGUUAGAAUAGUUAGAGAAUAGUUGGAAGCAAUUAGAGUAGAAUAGGAGGACAAGGCAAGAAAUUGUGGCCAUUGAUUGUAAACAAACUCCAUUUUCAUUGAAGUAAUGGUGAAGUGUGUCGUUUCUUGCAAUUUGCAUGGUUUCUUGUUGAGUCUUCAAUCCUAGAUGGUAGAUGAUUAGAUGAAUGGAGGAAAUGCGAUUGAUUAAUGGUGGAAUUCGUACAUCCAUACUACUAGCAGUUUGUUGAUUGCAGACUUGCCUUGCGUAGUCAACUGGAAUCAUUCAGCCUAAGCUCAAUUUCAAUUUGUCACUUCUUCAUUGAUAUGCAUCAACUUGAUGGUGUCUAUGCCUGUGGUGAUGAUUUGAACAUCAUAAAGCUUCCCUUAGAAGAUCGCACUAGCCUUGUGUAGAUGUUCCAUUGAUGUCAAAACAAGACCUAGUUGGAGUUUCAUCAAAAAUCAAAUCAUUGCUCCUACAUUCUUAGUAUUAGGAUUAGAUCCUCUCUUCACCCCCUUCCUUUUUCCCUUUUUUUAAUCUAAGUUAGUGAGAGCUUGUGUUCUAGCAAAGUAGAUCGGAAAUUCAAUCACCAAAUGUAAGUCCCCUUGUGAUUCCAGCAAAUCACAUCAUAC